UCCCCUCCCUCCCUCCCUCCUUCUCUUUCUCUCUCUCUCCCUCUCCCUCUCUCCUUGGAUGUAAUCUCUGAUUUGACAACAGGUAUUUGUCAGGUCCCAGACGAAGUAAUCCUCCCAGUCCACAGCAAGCUGCUGACAGUAGAGUUAAAGCUCCAGCUCCACAGAGUCCAGAAAUCCUUGUUGAUAAAGAGUCUGCAGUCAUGGGGCGUCAAGAAGCCGACAACGUGUGGAAGAAAGACACAGAAAACAUCCAGGAGGUGUUUGAUGUCAUCGACGAAUUGGGAUCGGGGGCGUUCUCAGAGGUCUACAUGGUGAAGGAGAAGAAGACGGGGAAGAUGUACGCCAUGAAGUGCGUGAAGAAGAAACAGAAGAGAGACCUGAACCUGGAGAACGAGAUCGCCGUGCUGAGGAGAAUCCAGCAUGACAACGUGGUGGGGAUGGAGGACUUCUAUGAAAGCCAGACUCAUUACUACCUCAUCAUGCAGCUGGUUUCAGGCGGCGAGCUCUUUGAUCGUAUCCUGGACCGAGGGAUGUACUCAGAGAAAGACGCCAGCAGUGUGAUCAAGCAGGUUCUGGAGGCCGUCAGCUACCUGCACCAGAACGGCAUCGUGCACCGAGACCUCAAGCCAGAGAACAUUUUGUACUUCAGCCAGGACGAGAACUCCAAGAUCAUGAUCAGUGACUUCGGCCUCUCCAAGAUGGUGGACAACGACAUCAUGUCGACAGCUUGCGGCACUCCAGGAUAUGUAGCCCCUGAAGUUCUGGCUCAGAAACCCUACAGCAAGGCCGUGGACCUGUGGUCUAUUGGAGUGAUCACAUACAUCCUGCUCUGUGGAUAUCCUCCGUUCUAUGAGGAGAGUGAGACGAGGUUAUUCUCCAAGAUCAUGAAGGCGCAGUACGAGUUUGACGCUCCGUUCUGGGAUAACAUCUCUGACUCUGCGAAAGAUUUCAUCCGUAACAUGAUGCAGAAGAACCCCAGCAUGAGAUACACGACUGAGCAGGCACUCAGACAUCCCUGGAUUAUUGGAAAGACGGCGCGGAGCCAGGACAUCUACUACUCCGUCAGCGUCCAGAUCCAGAAGAACUUUGCCAAGUCCAAGUGGAAGCAAGCUAUUAACGCCGCCGUCGCCAUCAACCACAUGAAGAAGCUGCAGCUGGCUCACUCAGAGCUGGUCAUGCGAAAGACCAGCAUCCCCGACAUCAAAGUGAUCGACAUGUCCUCCCCCGCCAAGACCUGCAAACAUCUUGAUCCUGACAGACUCGACCCAAGGACGGCUGAGGUCAACGGGAGAGCCCACAUUAACGGUCACAUGUCUCUGCCCAUGAGCAGCAUCGAACCAAAGAGCCAUUAUCACACUCUGAAGGCCACCCAGAGUCACGUCGUCCCACACCACGCCCCGACUAUCGCCGAGCAGGGCAAGCACGUGUACCACUCAGAGCCUGCCAACCUCAACGGGUACGGAAAGAGCCGUAAUGGAAAGGCUCUGCAGACUGGAGUGUGCGCCGUCAUGUGAAGGCUGCGUAAAGUUUACAUGCUAAAGCAUUUUACUUGGUCAGUGUUGCUGUGCUGACUCAGCAUGCAGCUGUUUUGUGUCAGCGGGUCCCCGUGGCACUGUGGACUGAGAGAAGUGGUUUAUCCUCUGACAGACCCAGACGAGGUCUGCUGCGUGGUCCACUACAGUCUGUGGGACUUUUAACUUUUGGAAAAGGUGCCUGGGAAGCUUCGCGACCGCCACACUGAAACACACACACACACACACACACACACACAGAUAAAACACAGACAUUUAAACACUCUUUGAACUCAGACACGCGCGGUAGGCUUCACUUGAACCGGAGAGUUCUGUCAGUGUUGGAGGGGUUGCCUCUUUUAAAAGGUGGUUUGACAGCCUCACCUGCAUCUGAUGCAAGGCUCCACCUGGACGCCCAGCUGUCCCAGGAUGCACCAGGCCCGACCUCUGACCUCUGAUGUUGAAGAAGAAAGCUUUUCAUUCUGAUAUCUGAGUGAGAGAAUCAUCCCCUUUUAAUGUCAAAGUAUUUAUGAUCUAUAAAUAUAAAUAUUUUCAUUCACCCUGCGGGCGUUUUUAAGUGCAAUAGAAGGAACACGUGGAAACACUGCAUGCUUACUGCUUCAGAUAAGUGAUUCUCCUUUUAUGCAUUCUUCUAUAUUGUCUCUUGUUAUUAUUUAUUUUUGACUGAUUUAUUUUUCUAAAGUAAUCGCUUCUUGUAAAAAAAUUAAAAAGAUAAAAAGUUCUGCAGACAUGAGUUAAAGCAUAUUCACACACACUCAUCAUGAACAGUGUAAUGAUGCCACAAGUAUGUCCAGAAUCUGCCAACUCAUGUACAGAGUGUCUCUCACAUGUCAGCUCUGUGUUAGAUUAUAAACUGUCACCUCUGUGGUGUUGAUGUUCGUCAUUAUGUGGUUCAUUAUGUACAGUCUACUUCUUUCUCUUCAGCCGUAUGUGUCGGUGCAACAACAGAUUUCAGUCUAGUCUAUUUAUUAUGCUGUAUUCACGAAUAUAUGUGUGCUCAUGAAUAAAACAAGUACGGACUCUG